ACAUCUCCCUCUCUUUCUCUCACUCAGUCUCUCUUCUCUGUCAACCGCGUUUUUUUUCUCUGGCACUGAUUGUUUGCUUCUUUUUCCUUCUUUAUUUUGUUGUUUGGAUGGAGUGAAAGAAGAAAGGAAAAUCGGCGAUUGCUUUUCACAAGAGGAUUGUUUUGUUCUUUGUUUUGAGUGGGCGGUAAUUGUUAAUUCUUUACUUUGCUUAGAAUCUACGUUGAGUUUGUUUGCUUUGUUUUUCUUUUUUGGCGUUCGGGAUUAUCGCCGACUUGCUUUUCUUUCUGUAAUCGAGAUCGGCGAGUAUUUCGAGACUCGCGUCACUUUCUUCAACCUGCAUUGUCCCCCAUUUCUAGCUGCUCAAAUGUCUUGGUGAAGCACAAUAAUAUUUGAUUUCAUGCCAUUUGAUAGAAGAAAAGCUAAUGAAUACGUUGAACCUCUGAGGGACAUGGGAUUUGGUUCAGAGUCAAAAAGGAGUUCAAACCUGCAGCAAAACUCAAAGAUAGUGAAGGAGAAAACUCAGUUGCCUCAAGCCAACCUGAGGUUGAAGAGUCAAGGGAAGUUAAAAGGAAAGAAUGGUAUUGCUCAUCCAUAUGGUAAUCUGCCAGGUGAACGAGGACAAAACCAAAUCCACAGCACCUUGGUUGAAACAAAAUCUUUAGGGGAUUGCCACGGGCAGCCUCGCAAGGGUAAGCCAACAAAAGAGGAUGAGCUUGUCAAGUACAUGUCAAACUUGCCGGGCUACCUACAGCGUGUAGACAUCGGAGAAAACUUUCAAGAGAACGCAUUGAAUGUUGGGGUUCUGGAUUGGGCACGUCUAGAAAAAUGGAAGCACCACCAAAAGCGUAUCCCUAAAAUAACUGGCAAUGAUGUAUCAUCCACAAGCACAAUUUCAUUGAUGAAAACAAAUACCAAGUCAUCUGCCCUUUCUAGUGCAGUUCCCAAGGAUACUGCUGCCAACAAAAGCAAGCAACACCAACAAACUUGCUCCAGUCUUAACUCAUCUUAUAAAGAAGGCCUUCCUCGAGGUGCAAAACCAUCUACUCUGAAGGUUAGACACUUCCAAGAUAUUGAAACUGCUUCCAAGAGCACCUUGGAUCAGCAGAAGAAGACAUCCAAGACAUAUAAAUCCUCCGGCACAACUUAUUCAGAUGCAAUUCUUGACAAGGGGAAGAAAAAAGAGUUAAAUCAGAAAAUAACUUUGGAAAUGGGAAAUAUGUCAUCAAACAUGAGAAACCAUGGGGUUUCACCUCUGCCAAAGGAAACUGUCAAUGUUUGUCAUGGUGGAGCCAAAAACAGAGUAGAGCAGAGGCAGGAAAUUGAUGUAAAUAAAAAGGAUUUGGAUCCGAAAAAUACUUCAGACGUGGAGGCUUCUUCAUCCAAAUUCAGAUAUUAUGGUGUUUCACUGGGUUCUAGGAAAAAGCUGGAUGCUGAGGGUGACAAAACUAAGGAGACACAGGGCUCAGAAAUUGAUCUUGCUCAUCAAGUUUCUCCUGGUGAGCACAAGAAUAUUGUUCUUCUUCGACCAAGAUCUGCCCGAAAUAGCUUUUUUGAAGAACCCCGAGAACAAUUUGAUGGGACUUUGAAUGAAGCAAACCGGAAUAGUUUUCCGUGUGACUUCCUUCAGAAGGUUCGCUCUGGGGAAUUAUGUUCUGAAGUUCCUCAUUCUUGUCCAUUGCCUUCUGGAGUUGAGAUGAAUCCUGCAACUGACAUCAUGGCACAGGGUCUGGAGCCUUCAUCUAAUGCAUCUCAUGGGUCUGCAUUCUCAAAUAACUCAGGGAAUUUAAGAUCUGAAGGCAAGCAUUCAGCAGAGAACAAGAUUAAAUCUCUGGAUGCUCAUGUUGAAACUUUAAAGAUACUGGAAGAAGAAAUGGCUGAGCUGGCAACCAGAAAAAGUAGAAGUAGUUCACCAAAUCGCCGUUUUAGUUUCAGCUUAAGUCGUAUGAGUAGAAGUUUCAGUUUUAAGGAAGGUUCUACUGCCCCACAAUUGAGCUCCACUUAUGUUUCUGUCAAGUCUGGUCCAGUGAGAUCUGAUUCUUCUGGUUUUUUGGACAAUACAAUCAGAGAGAAGGUGAAUGGCCAUAACAGAGCUAGGUCCAGCCCCCUAAGAAGGAUGCUAGACCCGCUACUGAAGUCCAGAGGCUUGCAUUCUUUUCGUUUCACUGACACUGUUCAACCGUCAAAAGGAAGCUUGAAUUCCUCUAGUGCAAGGCCAGUUAAUACUAACGAAUCCCUUCAGGAAGAAAAGUUUGAGUCAUCAAUGAUCCAAGCCCUUCUACAGCUUACAAUAAAGAAUGGACUGCCAAUGUUUAGAUUUGUUGUGGACAAUGGCAGUAACAUGCUUGCCACUACCAUGAAAAGUCUAGCUUCAUCUGCAAAGGGGGGAUCUGAUCAGAGUUACAUAUUCUCUUCUGUUAGUGAAAUUAAGAAGAAGAGUGGCAGCUGGAUAAGUCAAGGAAACAAGGAAAAAAAUUGUGGCUACAUCUAUAAUAUUAUCGGACAAAUGAGGAUUUCCAAUUCUCUUAUUUCAGACUUGACAGCAGAGGACUCUUGUAAUCAGUAUCCGGUGGUAAGAGAGUCUGUUCUGUUUAGUGUGGAGCAAAGACCAGCAGAUCAAGCAUCAGCAAAAUUUACACCAAAUGCAGAGCUUGCUGCUGUCGUCAUCAAAAUGCCUGGUGAAAGCACUGAUGUACAGCACAGUGAUAAAGACAUAACAAAGAAGGGCUUUACAGAUUGUUUGGCUACAGAUGGGUGCUCUUGCAACCCUGCAGAAAAUGCAAGCUUUAAUAGUACUACUGUCAUACUUCCUGGUGGUGUCCACAGCUUGCCAAACAAAGGAAUACCUUCCCCAUUGAUUGACCGAUGGAAAUCUGGUGGAUUAUGUGACUGUGGAGGUUGGGAUGUUGGUUGCAAAUUACGUAUUCUCUCCAACCAGAAGAGAAGAUGUUGUAAGACUUCAAGGACAUGUCAAGCAUGCCUGAAUCCCAACCGUCUUGAUCUCUAUGCCCAGGGAGAAGCACAACAGAACAGGCCUAUCUUGAACUUGGUUCCACAUAAGAAUGGAAUCUACGCGAUUGAGUUCAGUUCAUCAAUCACUGCAUUGCAAGCGUUCUUUAUUUCUGUAACAGCUAUAAGCUGUCAGAAAUCCUCUGAUCUGCCAGAAUUCGGCAACCUGCCUGAAGGAAAAGUUAUAAAGGAGACCAUACUGAAUGGCAGCCAUGGAAUGGAGAACAAACCAAUCAAUGUACUCAGGAACAUGCCUGCGAAAUAUGCUCCAAACCCACCUCAUUCCCCUGUCGGGAGAGCCUAGAUUCGAACACGAGACCUGGUUUGCUUUUCAGGUAUAAGCUCUCUCGAGCCUUUAAAGGUGCUAAAAUGUGAAGCCAGGUUAAGUCUUUGAUUAGUGAGACAUACAGGGAAUCGGGGUGUAGGCCGGCCUGUUAGACAUUACCAGUAGAUCACUUGUAUAAAAGAAAUAAUGGCAUUCAAUAUACCACUCACUGUUUUAAUCGAGUGAGUUUUUUUCUCUAAAGUGUCAGAGAACAGCAAAGCCCUACAUAUUAUUAGCAGAAAUGUUCUAGUAAUAUGCGGCGUGGUAAUAAAGUCAUUCUGGGUUCUCUUCUUUCA